AUGAUAGUAGAUGCUUAUAUGCAAGCUUUGAUUGAUUUACCCCGACCGACUAACAAUUUAUCUAGUAUGAGAACAUUUACUGACAAACUAGAAUCGUACAUCAGAGGUCUAGAAUCACUCGGUCAAUGCCAGGAGUCUUAUGGCAGUCUACUAGUUCCAGUCAUCAAAGAAAAGCUUCCGGCGGAAGUUAGACGCAACAUUACCCGCGACCAUGGUGAUAGCCACUGGCAGCUACCGACCUUAAGAGCAGCACUGAAGAAAGAGAUCACCAUCAUUGAAGCUGGCCAGCCUAUUAACACUAAAGAAUUUUAUGAUUCGACUGCUAUGUUCCAUACAGGUACCAAGUCCAAGCCAGGCGGUAUCCAGAGAAACCGAAAACAACAUGAUCGAAAUAAUUCACGCACAUCCUGUCAAUUUUGUGGUGAGCAUCACAGUGCCACUUUCUGUACCAAAGUAAGUUCUUUUGCUGAAAGAAUAGACAUUGUUAAAAGAAAACACAUAUGUUUUAAUUGCUUAGGAAAUCACCAGGUGUCCUCCUGUCGUUCAAACUUCCGUUGUAGCCAUUGCCGAAGGAAGCAUCAUUCAAGCAUCUGUAAUAAGAGUCCGAGUGAAAAUUGCAACCUUGAUCCUACAAUAGCCCCCUUCGAACCUUCUACUUUCGGUCAGUCUAUUACCAGUUCAACAGAACAGUCAGCUGCGUUUCAUAUAACCACUCAUAACAAAACUAAUGUCCUUCUGAAGACCGCCAUUACGAAAGUUAGUUCUAGGAGAUGCAUCGCCGAUGCAAAUAUCUUGUUUGACGAGGGUGCACAGAGGUCAUUCAUUACGGAGGAACUUGCAGACAGACUCGAGCUUCAGCGUACCGGAAAUGAAGUAAUACAUAUAGCUGCCUUUGGUUUCUCCACACAGAAGGUCAAGCAUAUUAAAACAGCGACAGUGUACCUGCUCACAGAAUGCAAUGACAAGAUACCAAUCAACGUCCUGGUGGUUCCUACAAUAGCUGUCCCAUUACAGAAUCUGCAGCGUUCUGUGUCCUCACUUCCAUAUUUACGAGGUUUGAAGUUGGCUCACCCGGUAACAGAUGAUGCUACAUUUGAUAUUUCGCUUUUGAUUGGAGCCGACAAGUACUGGGACAUCGUAGAAAACGAAGUUGUCAGAGGUUGCGGACCGACAGCUGUGAAAUCUGAGAUAGGAUAUCUCCUGUCCGGUCCACUUCCGGUCACCAGUAGUGAGUCAUCAACACAGUACAUCAUGAAUGUCAUCACCGCUCCGCCAGAUCUUUACAACUUAGAGAGGUUCUGGAAGUUUGAAUCUUUGGGUGUAAGUGUACAGGAAGAAACAGAUGCUACUUCAGAUAGACUUAAAACUUACCAGAAGAACAACAUUGAUUUCAAAGAUGGACGAUACAUAGCUAAAUUACCAUGGAAAGAGGAUCAUAAACUUCUCCCUGAUAAUUACAAUAUGACAUUGAGACGUACACAAAACAACAUCAGACGUCUUCGUGAAACGCCAAAACAUUUACAGAAAUAUGGAGAAAUUAUUGCUGACCAAGAGCAAAGAGGCUUCAUUGAAAGGAUUAACGAGAACCAGUCAACCAGACAAGUACACUACAUACCGCAUCAUGCUGUUAAAAAAGAAUCCUCAACGACUCCUAUCCGGAUUGUGUUUGAUUGUAGUUGCCGCGAGUCACGUGAUUCUCCAAGUUUGAAUGAUUGUCUCGAAAGUACACCACCGGAGUUAAAUGACCUAACAGGAAUUUUGAUCAGAUUUCGACUAGACAAAUUUGCGGUUUGCACAGAUAUUGAAAAGACGUUCUUACACGUGCAGCUGGGUGAAAGUAAUAGGGAUAUGACACGUUUUUGA